ACAGAUGAUUCGUAUUGUGUGGUUUAAAGCUUACAUGUCACGCAGCAUGUGAGAAAGAUUUUUUUUUCUUUCAAUACGGAGCAGGAUGACACGUGUACCAACAGGAUGUUUUAGUGACGACAUCUUUACUGACUGUAUCAAAUGUACGGUGUCAACAUUUCUGGAGAACCGGUCUGAAGGCGGAAUCAGUGCGUGAGCAACAGGGCGUGUUUGUGCGCAGACUUUGAGCCUGGUCCAAUCCAGAGCACAGGUGAGCCAGCCUUCCACUCUGAUUGACUUUCACACGGCACAGGAGUCUGCAGGACCAUCGACCCAUCCGUCCAGUUACCACCGCUCCUUCCAUCCCCGAGGAACUGACGCUUCCUCGACGUGCAGGUGAAAAUGAAGCCGUACCUGGUGUUGCCCGUGACGACAGUGGUGUCUGUGGCGCUGUUCGCCUACAUGCGGUCGGCGGAGACGGACCGAGAGAGACAAAACAGGUUAAUGAGGUUCCAGGAUAUCAAGCUCCGGGUGACCUACGACGUGUUGACGGAGUACGAGAAGGAAGCGUCCGAGGGCCAAGCGCCCAUCGACCAGGCCAAUGAGAAGCAGAAGAGUCUGGAGAUGGCGGUUAACGAUCUCCGGAAUCAGAAUGAGAAGGCGAAGCAGGAGUCGGAAGACUGCCUGCAGUUCAAGAAAUCUUCAAACGACGUGCUGGUGUCUGCGCAGGCCGAAUACAAUAACACCAAAGAUUUAUUCAAUAAGGAAAUGUCGGACUGGAACCAAGAAAUAGAGAAACUGAAACAACAGCUUUCAGCCAAGAGUCCAGUUUGUGAAUUUCUGCCCAGCCCCCUGAAAGUGGAGAGCGUAGCCAGCAAGUUGUGCGGCAUCGAAGUGGUCAAAGAGCAGGAGAAGAAAGAAGAGCCAAAGAAAGAGGAGCCCAAGGCAGAGGCCCCUAAAGCAGAGGCCCCUAAAGCAGAGGCCCCUAAAGCAGAGGAAAAAGCCCCUAAAGAAGAGGAGAAAAAGGAAGAAGAAGCCCCUAAAGCUAAAGAACCAUGAAGACGCUCGGCAAGAGGAGUAUUUCAAGCUAAAGCAGCGGUGAAGGCAACUGAGUCAAGAUGAAGAGUUCCAUCUGUAAUAAAAAAGAGAUUCCAACCGAGUUUUACUGAAUAAUACGGCACAGCCACACUGUACAUAUAUAUUCUUUUUUAUUUAUUCAUGCAGAUGAAAACAAACCAAUAUUUGGGAUGAGAGACUACUAUUUGGGAAAAUGUGUGUUGGCCAGAUUUUCACUUUUUUUUGUCAAAAAAACUCGGUAAAAUGAAAGUGAACGCUAUAGACAGAGAUAGCAUGUUUACCUUGUCCUGUCAGGUUGUGUUGUUGAUUUGUAUUUCCAUUAAAUAAAACAUUGUCUGGUAAAUAGUA